AAAGACCGGAACUGGAACCAAAUUAUGAACUGAAACUUUGAAUUGAAUUCGCGUCAAAACGAAACCCUCAAACUCCGAGUCCGAGUUGACUCAUCCAUUCCGUUCUCUUCGACUCCGAGUCCGAGUUGACUCUUCUUUCUUCUUCCUUUCAAAUCAACCCUCUUCUUGUUCUUUUUCUUCUUCUUCUACAUUUUGAGGUUCUAAAUUCAUCUUGGUGCACCCUCCCGCACCUGGUUCUAAUCCCCUCGAUCUGGGUUCUCUCAAACUGGCUAUGGAUUACGAACCCUACGACAGUAGUGGAACCGAUGACGAUCUUCCGCCAACCCAUCAAAAUAGAAUUCCCAGGGGAGGACGUCUUGCCGGGAAUGGAAGAUCUGCUGUUGGUUCAAUUCCAUACCCCAGGGUGUAUGGUGAAAUCGACAUGGAAACCCAAAUUCAUCAACUUGAGCAGGAAGCAUACAGUUCAGUUCUGAGAGCCUUUAAAGCUCAAGCUGAUGCCAUUACUUGGGAAAAAGAAAGUUUGAUUACAGAGCUUAGAAAAGAGCUGAGAUUAUCUAACGAGGAACACAGAGAACUCUUAGGUCGGGUUAAUGCGGAUGACACAAUACGGAGGAUAAGGGAAUGGAGACAGACAGGUGGCCAUCAGCCUGGCGUACUGAGUACUGCUCAUGCUCUACAUGAUUCAAUUCCCAGUCCAACAGUUUCUGCAUCUCGCAAAAAGCAGAAGAUUACACCACCCGUACCAUCACGUUCUUUUGGUGGGCCUUCUCCCCCAUUUCACCCCCAAACAGUGACUGCACCCCACCAGCCAUCUUCUUCUGCAGCAAAGCGAGGACCUGUUCCUGGAUCAAAGGGAAAGAAGCAAAAACCUGGUCAAAUAUUACCUGGUGUAUCUUCAGCGAAGCAGUUUCCUCCUUCAGGUCCAGGUGGGAGGAAUCAAGUACCUAAUAGAGCUGUCAUGGGUGAACAUGCUGAGGGUGGAUCAAUGGAAUCACUGCUUGGUAGGAGAGUGCGGACAAGAUGGCCUGACGACAAUAGCUUCUACGAAGCUGUUAUCUCUGAAUACAAUGCACAUGAUGGACGGCAUAGUCUGGUCUAUGACAUGGGGAGUACAAAUGAAACAUGGGAAUGGGUUAAACUGUCAGAGAUAUCUCCCGAAGAUAUUCAGUGGGUAGGUGAUGAUCCUGGAAUUAAUAACCAUCGUGGGGGUUUUGGGGGCCCUGGUCAUGGGAUGAAUAGGUCUGUAGGGCGUGAUAGUGCUCCAGGAGUUGGAAGAGGUAGAGGGGUUCCAAAAGGUCAGUCUAGAAAAGAUUUUUUGGCAUCACAGAAUGGCAUAGGAAAGAAGGCUCCUGAUGAUAUUCAAAUACUUCACACAGACACACUAAUAAAGGAGGUGGAAAGGGUAUUUAAUGCAAAUCAUCCUGAUCCCCUUGAAAUUGAGAAAGCGAAGAAAGUAUUGAAGGAUCACGAACAGUCUCUUGUUGAUGCACUUGCUAGACUUGCUGAUCUUUCUGAUGGUGAAAGUGAUGGAGCUGGGCGCCAUUUCCCACACGGUCAACCAAUGGAUCGAGAAUGAUGGGUAAACUUGUUACUUGUCCAAUGAACAGAUGAGGCAGUCUGGUAGCAUAACUCUGGAAAAAGGGUGUAUUUUUCUUGUAUUAUUAUUGUUAUGACAAAAAGACACCAUUUCCCUUUUUAGCAGAUUAUAGCUCUAGCCAUGUUCUUGUGGAUUAGGUAUUGUGUAGGACAGCAAUUGUUGUAGUUUGGUAAUAAUUGUUUAUUAUUGAGUUUAAAAUUUGACAUAGGACCAACUGAUACUUGUUUAAUACUCCAUCACAGUUGUGAUUAAUGUGUGUUAGUGUAUAAAUUAUUGUAUUUUAUGUGUCAACAAAAUUGGUGUUCACUCUCUCUAAUUAUAAACUUCAUAAGUUAUUUUCCUAAA